UAGCGCACCGCCGUCGAAAAAUCCGUUGCGCUUUGUUGUCUCACAAAAAAUACGAUAGGUUUUUUUGCAAAAAAAAUUGUGGAAAACAAAUAAAAUUCCGUACAAAAUAUUUUGGAAAAUUACAACAACAAUAAUUAUGUAAUAUUAAAACGAAAGUAAAAAUAAAUAACAACAAAUUGGCAAAAGGAGACAUGCGAUUGGCCAAACUAAACAAGAAAAAAAUACCAAAAGAAUUUAACAAUACGCAGUUUUGAGUGAACAGCAAGCAAUAAAUAAUCUCGUUGAACAGGGGAGGCAGGGGUCCGCAACAAAAGGAGAAAAAUUUCCCAAAAAUAUUAGAUUGCCGAGAGGUCUAAUAGUACCUAGGCGCAGCUUUAUUGCCACAGGAAGGUACCACAUUCUGUGUGGUUCCACUGACAAAAGAUGACCGAUGAAUUGCCGGCAGCACCAGCAACAACAAAUAGUACACCCACAACAGAGACGGGGUCAUCUUCAGUUUCAACAGAGGGUGCUGCAAGUUUAGCACUGCCAACGCCACCACAACAACAACAGCCCAGUGCGGGCAUAUUUAGCAGCGGUGGCCUUACUAUUCUAUGUUCCAGUGUGGAUUUUUCUGAGAUUUCCUUUAAAGAGAAAGUUGGCCAUGGUUCGUAUGGUGUUGUAUACAAAGCCUUCUGGCGUGACCGCUAUGUGGCCGUUAAAGAAUUCGGUCCCAAGGCCGAACAGAAAGCCAUCGAAACCGAAGUCAAACAGUUGUCAAGAGUCCAACAUACCAACAUCAUAGCACUAUAUGGAAUAGCACUGAACCAGAUGUCCACAUAUUUAAUAAUGGAAUAUGCCGAAGGAGGUUCCUUGUAUGAUUUUUUGCACGGCAAAGUAAAACCGUACUAUUCGAAAGCACAUGCCAUGAGCUGGGCGCGCCAAUGUGCCGAGGGUGUCGCCUAUUUACAUGCCAUGAAACCAAAGCCUCUGAUACAUCGUGAUUUGAAACCCCUCAACUUACUGUUGACCAACAAGGGUCGCCAUUUGAAAAUUUGUGAUUUCGGAACGGUAGCCGAUAAAUCAACUCUUAUGACAAAUAACAAAGGUUCAGCUGCAUGGAUGGCGCCUGAGGUAUUUGAGGGUUCCAAAUAUACCGAAAAAUGUGAUAUUUUCAGUUGGGGUAUAGUCCUGUGGGAGGUGUUGUCACGACAAAAGCCCUUCAAAGAUGUCGACAAUACCUAUUCAAUUAUGUGGAAAAUUCACAAAGGUGAAAGGCCACCCAUUGUGGCUGAAUGGCCAGUACCCAUACAGAAUUUAAUGACUUCAUGUUGGGAAACUCGACCCGACUUAAGACCUUCCAUGCAAUCAGUUGUGGAGGUUAUGAAUGAAUUGGUGCUGGCGUUUCCCGGUGCCGAUGAGCCUUUAGAAUAUGAAUUUGUUAAUCAGCAGAUUGUUAGCCCUAACGUUAAUGAAACAACCGAUGAUAGCUUUGUUUUAGAUUUUAGUGAUUAUAGUUCAACUAGUUUUGGUACAUCCAAUACCCAAGUGACACGCCAGACCACCGACGACACUGGUGGUAGUAGUAGUAGCAAUCGUUCUUCCUCUGUCACACCCACUAAUCCAUUUUUACCUCCAGCUCAUAUUAAUUCUAUGCGUUGGGAUGUAAUAAAAGAAGAAGAUAAUUCGGAAAAUUCAACAAACCGGACUGAUGAUCAACCUGAUAAACCACGUGAUACGUUUAACCUAUCCACAUCGGAAGAAUCGAAGGCUCGCUAUGAAACAAUACGUAGUAAUAUGUUGGAGAAUGCCAAUGUAACAAUGGCGCCAUUGGAUAUUGAUGUUGAUCCGAAUGCUUGGGAACUAGAAACCAAUGAUAACGUUGCAAGUAAUUUUGCAAAAAGUGAUGGUAAGGAACGUAUAAUGGUUACCGAAGCGAAACCGAUUAUAAAAUCUGUCGAUCAAAUCAAUACCAAUUUACCCAUUGAUACAACCGACACAGAUCUGGAUGAAGACGAUGAAAAUGGACAGCCACUAGAAGUGCUGUUGGAUCCUGAACUACAGCCCGAGCAACCAAUACCAGAUAAUGCCGAAUCACAGGAAAUAUUUAAAGAACAUCGGCGGCUGGCAAUGGAAUAUCUGAAAGUUAAUACCAAGUUAUACUAUGCCCAAGACAUAAAAGAAAGGAUUCUUCUACAAAUGGAUCCAGCGGAGAGACAAGAGAAACAAGAACUGUUAAAGAAAAUCAAAGAGAAGCAAGAACUGUUGGAAUUAUACAAUAAUCUAAAACAACAUUGGGACACAAUGCGUUCUUCUUCGCAACCGCCUGAAGAUAACAUUGCGCCCGGUAGUUCAGAUGCAAAUGCCAAUGGUGAUUUGCUAACUGAUGAUAACUGGGUAGUCAUACAGCGUAAUCAAAAUUCAUAGUAUUCAGCCAAAGAGGAAGAUGAGCAGGAACAACAUGAAGAAGAUUUUAUCGAAAGUAUAGUAUCUAUUAACGAUAUAUGCCGGGAUGACGAAUGAUUAUUAAGGGAAUUGCAUUUCUCAUUCUUCCAUGUGUCGUGAUGUUUCUUCGGUCUUCUGUAUGUAUGUGUUGUAUAUAUAUGUUUUAGUAUGUGAUCUCAGGUUAUAAGGCAGUUAGUUAAUAAGAUAAUUUUAAGUAUAAAAUUGAGAUGUAUGUUAGUUAGUGUUCCAUUUAGUUCUUAAGAUACACUAAGUAUUUAGGUGCAUUUGAGGUAUAACAUCCGGUUUCAUUAAGAAUUGGCACAUCUCAACAUUUCCAUCAACGCAAGAUAUGUUAUAAAUAUGGUAGAGAUCGGUCUAUUCCUUCCGGUACCUCCCCCAUAAAGGGUCAACACUUUGAAUAACCAAAACGAUCAUAAAAUUCGAAAUAAGCAUCCGGUUCUCUUUAAAUUAUACACAUUACAAUAUUUUUAUUAAUCCAAGGAACAUAUAGGUCCACUCCUUGAGGUGCCUCCCACACGAAGGUUCAAAUUUUUGAGUAUCCAUGAAGCUCAUAAAACGCGAAAAUAACAUCCGAUUCCAUUCAGACUUGUCACAUCUCAAUAUUUCCAUCAACACAAGGUCUGUUGUAAAAAUGGUAGAGAUCGGACAUUUCCUUCAGGGUUCAAGAUUUUGAAAAACAAAACGCUCAAAGAAAGCGAACUAAGCGUCCAAAUCCAUUCAUCAAUAUCCUCAAAUUUUUCACAUACCAACAUUUUUGCUAGCACAAGAUCUGUCGUAAAGAUGAUAUACAUCUGCCAACCCCAUCUGGUACCUCGCCCACAAAGGGUAACAAUUUCCAAUACUUAUAUAUGUCAUAACUUAGGAAACAAGUCGGUGAUUCUUUACCACUUGCUAUAUAUUUAUAUUUCUCUUAAUCAGAAAUCUGAUAUGAAUAUGGAAUUUAUCGGAAUUUAUGAUUUCGCAUAAAAUUGGAUAUAAAUUUUCGAUUUCGAAAUUUUCCACAUACCAUAAGUCAAGGCUGGGUCUAGUUCCCACAUCCUAAAAGUCCGGUUUUAAUUAGAGAUAGCGGGUUAAAAACCUAGAGAAGAAAGAAAAACGAAUGGUGACUAGAAUCGACAACUCGAAAGGAAACUGAAACACAUGGGUUUCUAUGAAUUUUUUACUCGAACUCCAAUGUCAAAUUUAACAAAAUGCUCUUGAAUUGCGAAUGGCACAAAAAAUCCAGAAAAAUUAGCUAAAUCACAAAAUGUGUCCUAAAUUGAAAUUGUUGGUACACACCAGCACUAUUUUCUUUCAAGAAAUUACAGAACAAGACAAUAUUCGUUCUCAUUUAAUUUGAGACAUUUUUUGUAUAUUUUUGACUACUGUAGCAACUAUCAAUUCAAGUUAUGGCAUAAGUAAAACCAGUCGAUUAAAAGCUGUGUGAUUGGAGAAACCUAAUUUAGCUCGACUUCGAAUAACUGCUUUCUUUCGUUUUCCUAAGAAAAAUUCCGGUUUAUUAAUAUCUAUUCUAUUUCUAUUUUUAUAUAUUUUUCUGGCAUCUUAAAAUGCUUUGUCAUGUAAUGUCUUUUCGACUUGAUUAGCCCAUUUCAAAAGAUCUCGGAGGAGCGUGGUAAAACUAAAAACCAAACUUUUAACUUGUAAUAAAUCUAGAUGGAGCUAUACAUUUUCCUUAUUCCUAAAUGCACUCUAAAUACUAUGUGUAUGCUUUUGAUUAUUUCAUUAAAUGAACAUCAAUUAAAAUUAUCUUAAGUUAAUAUUAAAGACUUUAUUUAUCUAUAUUAAUUGACAGCUGUAACUCUAUGUUAAACCUUGUAACUGAAUAUUAUAAAAUAAUUGGGAAUUCCUAUAAUUCGAAAUGAAGAAAAAUUGAAAAAUCUGUUUUCAAA